CUUCUCGCAAGGUCAACAGCAAUGCAUGUGCUUUGUCGAAUGCAAGCCCACACUUCCAAUCUCAAUGGAAUCCACCCAACCUCAAAGAAGCGGGAACCUUUGCGACUGUGGCACUGGCACAUGUGUGACUGAAGCUACGCCUGUCUCUGUGGCUAGGCUGUUGGGUCCUUCAAGUUGACGGCCGCUCUGUUCCAUUGGACAUUCUAAAGAACACCAGCUAGUCAAACACCAAGAACCGCAUCAGCCUCUGUACCUCCCAAUCAAGUUCUACUUGCAACUUCCGACACCGCCCUCUCACCACCCAAAUCAGUUGCGAAAGCCCCUGGCAGACAACAUGUCCGACGUUCGCGCCCUGUUGCGGCAGCAACGAGCGGCGCGCAGGAUUGAUCACCCACAUGCAUCGUACUCAGACACGGGGAAACUUGUUUGCACCGUCUGCAACGAGCCCGUCAAAACGGAAGCCCUCUGGGAGGGUCACCUUCGAAGUGCAGCUCACCGACAAAGACUGCAGAGCCUGCAUCUAGCAUUGGCGAAGAAUGGUGGCAAUGGAUACGCUGGCUUCGUGGAACAACCGUCGCACAAGCGAAAACUCACUGAUUCGGACGAGGAGGCGGCCCGUGAAGAUGAUGAUGCGGCUCGAAGGAAACGCAGUAAAGCCGACACGGGCUUCACAGAGCAAAGCCAGGAUGACACAGGGACGCCGGCGAAAACGAACGAGGGCAAGACCAGCAAACCCAUAACUCCGCCUCUUACCCGCCGAACCUCGGGCGCACCUACCGCCGGUGUCGAGCUGGAAAUCCCUUCACGUCCGGCAACGCCGAGCGCAGGCGGGACACCAAUGUCCAUUUCCACACCCAAGGCGCCAUCAAUUGGCCGCUCUCCUCUUGUGCCAGAAGACUCCGCGGCGCCACAACAGUCCGCGACGACUGCGCCAGCUCCUUCCGCUCCAGAUACACAACCACCUCCAACGAGCAACGCAUCAGCAUCAGCCGCAAAUGUGGCACCAAUAGACGAAGACGAAUGGGCCGCAUUCGAAGCCGAUGUCAUCCACGGAAUAGCAACAACUACUGAUACCAACGCCGCCAAGCCGGCCCUGGCAGCAGCAGCAGCACUUCAUAGCGACGCAGUCAUUUCUGCACCGGUAAUGAGCGCUGCAGAGGUAGCAGCCAAGUCAGAAGAAGAAGAGCGCGCAAGGAGGCGAGCCCUGGCGGAUAUACAACUUGAGGAUGAGAAGGAAGAGGCCACCCGGGCGUUAGAGACCGAGUUUGAAGUGAUGGAGGAGUUGGAGGCAAGGGCGCGGAAGUUAAGGGAGAGGAGGGAGGCACUCAGGAUACACGCUAAUGGCGGCGCGUCUGCUGCAUCGGGUGGUGGACAUGGAGAUGAGAGUGAGAAGAAAGGGUUAGCGGCGCUAGGGAAGGAAAAUGCCGAUGCGGAGGAUGAAGAGGAGGACGAAGAUGAAGAAAUGGAUGAUGACUGGGAUGGUUUCCGGUUCCGCGCGUAGGACCGUGGAACUGCCCUGGACAAGUGAGCCUGGUUUAGUGAUUGUCGGAGCAUGGCCUCACUUCAGUCUGGGGGUGGCUGGUUACAGUAAUCGAGUGUAAAUACAGUGGUGUGUCCAGAGACAUGGAUGCGGCGCCGCAGAUGGGUAAACGCCCCUAUCCACCUUGUGUCUACUUUCACUUAAACCCUUUUCUCGGGUAGUACUUAGCCUAUUGCCCGAGUUACCUUCAUAAUGAACCCAAGAAACCAUCGAUAUCCUCUUGGUUGAGACCCGACCUCCACACUAGCUACCGCAGCCAGAGGUUGUUCACUAUUUCACAGCAUCACAACCUGAUGCAA